AUGGUAAAGCUUAGAAUAAGAAAGGCCAGAAAUAGCCUUUACUCUCCAAAAAAAGAGCCAACUCGUAACCAAACCUACCCCAGGAAAUCAAAAUAUUCAAACGCCGUUCAUUUCCCAUCUUCUUCCUACAACGUGAUAGAUUCAGCCUUUGAAAAAAUCGCUUGGGAUAUACAAAGUGGGAAAACGCUGAUCGAUAAAUUAAAUCAAUAUAGCUGAGAUAGCUCGAUAGGCAAGUAUCUUUGGGGUUCCUAUCAAAGGUGCCCUAUAUGUUUAAAUACUUAUAAUUCUGUUGAAAGAGAACCUAUAUGCCUACCUUGUGGGCAUACUUUUUGCCGAGUUUGCUUAGGAAAAAUAAAAAUUACAAUAGGAAUGGCGCAAUGCCCUUAUGACAGAAAACCUUUUAACUCAUUUAUAGAAUUUUUGCCUAUAAAUUAUGCGCUGCUACAAGAAGCUGAUAAUUCAAGAAAAAGAUGUCCAGAACAUGGCUUAUAUUUAAUAGGCUUUUGUCAAGAUCAUUCUUCACUUUGCUGUGGAAAAUGCCUUUUUAGCCAUAAAUUUCAUAACUGUAUAGACCUAGAAUCGGAGAAGGUUUCCGAACUAAUUUGUAAAAAAACGGAGCUCCUCAACGAGUUAGAAUCCAAAUUUGAAGCCCAAAUAAAUAUGUGGACAAAAUCAUAUGAUGAAAUCACCCAAUAUGUUUCUCGGCUUGGAGAAUCAAUUAUGAAAAAUAGCAUUGAAAUUGCAGAAAAAAAAAUAAUAGAGAUAAUCCAAAGAACAACUGAAGAUUUAAGGCAAAAAUUCGAAGAGUUCAAAAAUGUUACGAAUUCUGAUUUUAAAGAUUCAAUUGAUCAAAUAGUAGGAAGUCUACAACACAAUUUAAAGAUAGUCAAGAAAUUAAAACAAAAUUUUCAAAUUAUGGAUGACAAAGAAAAGCUUGUAUUGAACCUAGACUAUGAUUUUGGACUGGACACGAUGCCUACUUCAAUCGAUGAUAUAAAAGAAAUUUGCAAAGUAAUUAGUGAUCCAGAAAAAAUCCAAGAAUUACUGACGAAAGAAAUAUUGAGCAUUCUCGGUACAUAUUAG